AUGAACCGCAAACAGCGUCGAAACAACAAAGCGUCAACCAAUCAUGGCGGCGACUCAUCAUUCUCGAUAACCUCAGCAGACGACAUACCUCUCGCACGACCACCGGACACUCGUCGCACCACGCGGGACGGUGGUAGUGGUGCUGGUGCUUCAUCCGGAACCGCGCGCACAAAAACACUUUUCGAAAUCGCUGCAGAGCGUCAGGCACAACUGCUCGGGGGCCAAUCGGGGAUCGAGAACAGUAAACCCAUCGAUCCCAAGAACAUUGUGCAGGUCAAAAUCGGUCAGGACGGCCAGAUUGUCCGAGCCGAUGGCCAGCCAAGUACGACAUCACAACCAUCAUCAUCAUUGUUGACAAGAUUCUUCGGUGCCCCUGACGACGACGACGACAGCCACACAAGAUCAGAGACGCCGUGGUUCGACACGAUCCUCCUCGCCACGUCCCUCUCGACCGUCCACUUCACCCUCGACGUGCUGACGGUGCACCAGUACGCGCAAGAGCUGCUGUUCCGGCCUAUUUUCGCGCGGGCGGUCUUCACGGCGUUCCCGACGCUGGCCAUGGUCAUCGCGCUGUUCCGCGGCCUGCUGUUUCCGAGCUCGCUCACGCAGAACACGCCGCCGGCGGUGAAGCGAGGGAUCAGCACGUUGCGGCAGGUGGCGUGCGUCCUCAUCGCCAACGUGGCGGGAUGCUACCUCGUCGCCCUGACCAACGACAAGGGGUACUACGCCGUCAUGAAGGACGCGCCGGGCGUGGGCACGAUCUGGGUCUGGGCGGUGCUGGAGCUGGGGUUGAUGGGUGCUUUGGCGGGCGUGGGUGGACCGGCCGUAUAUGCCUGGUGGAAUGAGUAUGGAAUAUUCUAA